UUUUGGGUCGUUCUUGGUGGUUUCUCCAGCACUCCCCAUCCCAUCGUCCAUCUUGCAGCGGAGAUCGCCGUUGUCGACAGACAUGCUGUUUGGUGCUGCGGACCCUGGCACGCUGGCACAGCAUGGAAGGAAAUCAUCUUGUGACUGGCCCGCCAAACCUCAGGCUGGCCUCUGGCUAGUCCCUGCGAGUCCAGGACACCCUCCCCCCAAUCGGUGUGCACGCGUGAUCGGUGGCUCAUUCCGUGCUCGCAUACCUGCUGCACCUCACUGCUGCAUCUGCGUGGAUUUCACCUCCGGGCUCUAUUGCAGCCAUCUUUUCCGCCAUUUCUGCUGCCGCGGCGUCGGUGUCCUGUCCGCAUCAUGACGGCCUCGAUACCGCUACUUUGCUACAAUCUUCACUACUACAAGUGGCGUUGAAACGGCCGAGGACGACUGAAACUGUUGAACGAGCACACACAUCUCGCAACCGGUGCCGGACAACGAUCCGCCCUCCUUCAAGCAUCUACCCGUCACACAGAAACCGGAACCUCUGCUUGCCGCCGAACCACAUCUGCACACCUUGCACACCUACAUAACACGCGCCGCAUUGUCACCAGUAUCCCCGCACUCGACAUAUCUUAGACCCGACUUUGAUGCCGAAUGCGCUCAUUUCCACCGGAUAUACGCACACUCUACCGAUCCAUCACGGCCUUCGUAACCUUUUGUUCAAAAAUCUCGUCGGCCAUUGACAUUACCGAGCCGACUUUGUUUUCCGCAUUUUAAGCAAGCUCCAAGCGGUCGCUGUGCCAGACAAGAAGGGCUUGCCGAAAGAACGAGGCGUCUGUGCCUGUGCGAGGUGACGGCUCGACUAACUAACAUAUGACAUUACGCAGACCAACUUGCUGUCCGACUUUCGCCACGACAAACUCCCGCAAACUCUACAGACCGCACGAUCACACGCGUAGCCUUCCGAGUCCGAGCUGCACAUAAACUCUUCCCAGCGCCGACAUCGUCCUAUCUAGACACCUUUCCCCCUGCUGUCCUCGUCCGGGAAACGCACCUCUCUACCUACAACGCCCCAACCCGUUAUGCAUAUUGAAUGCUAAAUAUGGAUUCGGAAGACGGGGAGUUUUUCAUCAAGCAACUGGCGAGCUUCGUGCGGACCCAUGAAAAGGCCCUCGCCAAUGCGCUACAGUUUAGGAGGCAAAACACUCCUCGCCAUGCAUCUUCACAGAGCGUUUCGGUGCUCUCCACCUCGGCCCCCACGGCCUCUUCUCUUCCAGAGCGACCUUCGACGUCUUCAUCGCCUUCGAGCACAUUAGCUGCAGCUCUAUCCCUAGGUUCCUUGAACUUCACAUCCCACAACGUAAAGUCGGCAAAACUGGCUCUUACCGCCCAUCACCUGUUUUAUCUACUUUCCCGAUUCCAAGAGCUGGCUAUUCCUGUCGGCCCCAUGAAGGUUCGCCUGGAGAAUCUGCACGAUAACCGGAAUUCGGGAAAUUAUGUAUCCUUCCUCAGCCAAACGCAACGGUGUAAAAGCCGUGGCUCCGACGUUGGCUCGAUCCACUCUGUUUCCAGCAUCAGGAGUGUUAUGUCAGGCAUGUCUGCUCUAUGGUCGAGUUUUGGAAUCGGUUCUAGCAUAUCUGCCGCUCGUUCCGAGAAGCAGAAGGCUGCCAUCGAGGCUGACCUCAAGUACUUGUACUCUGCUUUCACCAAGAUCCCUUGCCUACGACUUGCCCCCGACUUCCGCGCGCGUCUGAUCAAAGGAUACGAAGAAUUUCCUUUCGACUCGGCCGUCCCUCUUUAUGUCUUCAAGAACGUCCAGGCACUUGAAGUCAGUGAUACAGACUUCAGGCAAUUCUUUGGUUGGGACCGGCUUUCUGAGCAGCUUCGCUCUCUCACACUCAAGCGCGCCAGUAUCGAUGACCCUGCAGAUGUUCUGAUCGACAUCGUUUUGGAUGAUAUGGAUAAGAGACGUCGUCGCUCGUCAAAAGCGCAGUCAUCCCCAACCGGUCCUUGGGCUGCACCAAGUCCUCGGAGAAGUCCCACAAUUCCGCAGGCGGCGCAGAAGUCGAAUUCCCCACCUAGUUCUCCAGAUGCGAGGACGUCCAACACUGAAAUACCAGUUGGCUCUCUCAACAGCGAAUCUGGGCCUGACCAGUUCGGGGCGGCUUUGCACAACCACAGGCGGCCGUCUGUCGUAAGGGUGGACAGCGAUGAGUCAAGGACACCGGCAAAAGACGGGCGACCACGAAGUCACUCCCCGCGCCGGCCUACCAGCUCUAGGAAUGGCUCAAGCAACGUCCGGGGAAGUCACAAGAUUCGUCGAUCCGGGUCUGGAAGCUCACACUCGAGCCUCUCGGACUCCUGGUAUAAUUCUCGUGGAAGUUCUUCCAACUUGCUUGCCAUGGGAACACUUCCUCCCUCCAAGUGGCGUUUCCUCAAGCAUUUGAGCCUCGCAGACAACUCCCUUAGCUCCAUCCCGGCGGCCAGUCUGGCCCCACUUGCGAAUUCUCUCCAUUCUCUCGACUUGUCGGCGAACUUGUUUACCCAGAUCCCCGACAGCCUUGUAACUCUAACAGCCCUCCGCGCCCUGAACCUGGCCCAUUGCAUGAUCGACUCGCUCCAUUCGCUUAUUCGGUGUCCUCUUCCCGCUAUCACAGCCCUCAAUCUCCGCGCCAACCGCUUGACAUCGAUUGUGGGCAUUGAGAAGCUUUACCCCCUGGAAAGACUGGACUUGAGGGACAAUCAAAUUACCGAUCCUAUGGAGUUGGCGCGUCUUACUGGUAUCCCCGAACUCCGGGAAAUCUACGUGGAGGGCAAUCCUUUUACGCGAAUUCACCGUGACUACCGCAUCACCAUCUUUAACCUGUUCCGUCAAACACCGGGAUAUACUGAAGACAUCACUAUCGACGGGUCAGGGCCCAGCUACUCAGAGAGGCGGUAUCUUCAUGAAAGGGCGGCAGAGCUACCGGCUGUCCCUGUCAUCAAGCCCCCACCCCAGGAAUUGCCUGCGGUGGAUGUCAGCAAGCCUACAUUUGUAUACGAGCCGCCCCCAAGAGAACCGGCUGUCCUUAGGAAGGAGAGGCCCAUGCCCAAAAGCACAACAAGCGAACUCAACACUGCGUCUACGCGCCGUCGGAAAGCACCCAAACGACGUAUUGUGGAUCUCGCUACUAACGAGACGCCUGCUCCUGUGACUCUGGUCGAUGAUCGCAGUAGACCUGGCGAGAGAGCGGCUUCGGGUCAUAACGAACAUUAUCGUAUUUCACAACCCACCGAGAUCCAUGCUUCUCAAGAAACACUUGCGGCUAGCCCUUUGCCCGACGCUCGAGCACCCGCCGAUAUCCCCAGGAUUGAAUCCACCGUCAUUCCCAGCAUAACUCCCCUUUAUCCCUCCCACAAGAGCUCAUCCGAGUCUCAGUCGUGGAGGGAUAAUGGCCACUGGGAUGUCGACGGCGAAUUGUACCGUCGGAAGAUCGAGUCGCUUCGUGACAAAGUGGGGAGCCGCUAUCUGAGUGCACUCAAUGAGGAAGGAUGGGAUCCUACUUCGCUUCCGCCCAACUACUGCGAGGGCAACUUUGGUGCUCCCUCUCCCUUACUUGCGGACCCUACAGCUCCUAGAGCCGCAUCCGUGCAGGCGAUCCAUAGUGGUCGGACACUUGGAUGAAGUCUUAUUAUGAUAUACCCCCCCAGGCUUGUUAAAAAAAAAGGCAUGUUUUGACUUUGGAGCGUUGUAUAAGUCGUAAGCUGUUCGCUGGACGAUGCUACGAUGCCUCCUCGCUACCUCUACGCAUUCCCUCCUCCAAACCCUUCAAACACUUGUGUAGGAUUGGACUGGGCUGGUUUGCAUUUACAUUACACAAGAAAAGAGAUAUCCUAUAGGCAUAGCGUAUUGGCGUUUUGGAAUGGGAGGGCGUUGAAGGAAGCGGGAGAAAUAUGAUUGUAUAACCCAACCCGCCACACCUUUUUGCCAUUCUUCCUGUGUGUUCUUUUUAGCUAUGCCCGUUUUCUUUUGUAUGCUGGAGCUGUUGCAUCUUGAACCUGUUGGAAGAUUUUAUCUUUUAGGAUGGUGGAAAUUUGAUGCUUCUUCAUCGAUGGGCAUUGAUAUCCACACGGCCUACAAAUCUUGUCCAUUUGUGGACCUGAUUUGGUCACCCUUUCCUUUUUCCCCUUAUCCGGACAAGUUUCAGUAACAGGUGGCUAGCCGGUGGCAGCAUUGAAGUUUGAAAGAGUAAAGACAGAAUGAAUGGUGGGAGGCAUUGCGAAUCCUUUUGACAGCCCAAGAGCUGAGGCAUGAUGAUGACGACGAUGAUGAUGAUGGGUGGAAGCUUGGGUGGGAUUGAUUGAUUUCCUCGUUAUUGGCGUGUCUUAUGAUGAUGACGAUGAUGAUUGGCGUUAUUUUCGAGGGCAUUUGAGAGAGAUUUGAAAAAAGCAUUGCAGAGUACAGCAAGAAGUGAGACAUUAUGUAUACUGGUUUCUCACAAAAUUGGGUUUCCCUGAAACUUCAUGUCCGCGUCUUCUUUAUCUGAUGGCUGUUACAUCUGCUUCAGUCCUUUGCAUUCAUUGUACGCCUCGAUUUGAUGUUGCAGAAGGGGAGAAUUUGUGCGGACGCUCAAGAGUUGCAGUUUGUAGCAGUUCAAAUUGACGAGCUAUUUGGUUGCCAUUGCAAAUAUCAUCCAACCUAGAGCACGAGGGUUCGAAUAGGAAGAUGUCUCUUGUCUUGGAACAAUGGCAAAUAACACGGUG